CACUCAGCUGCCCUAGACUGAGGAAUAGGGAGCCUCCAGCGCUUCAGAAGAGCCUCUACAACACACAGACAUUUCUGCUUUUAGGACCGAUACACCUGCUCCGUUGCACAGAUAUCAUCCUUCUUUUUUGAGGGGAGGGGGAAAAAUGAAACUCGAAGUUUUCUCUGCGCACCACUUUGUGCCGAAGCCGCUGGAGUUGUGUAUGGACCCAGAGAGGGGAGUCCCGUCUCCUCUAUCCGGGGACGAACUGGGGUCCGACGGGGACUGCGUGGCCAACAGCCCGGCACCUGUUACCCAGAUCGGCGAAGGCAGCAAAGGGAAGCCCUACACCCGCAGACCCAAACCUCCUUACUCCUACAUCGCCCUGAUCGCCAUGGCCAUCCGGGAGUCCAGCAGCGGCCGCCUCACUCUGGCGGAGAUCAACGACUACCUGAUGAAGAAGUUCCCGUUUUUCCGCGGCAGCUACACCGGCUGGAGGAACUCCGUGCGCCACAACCUGUCACUCAACGACUGCUUCCUCAAAGUGCUGCGGGACCCGUCCCGGCCAUGGGGCAAGGACAACUACUGGAUGCUCAACCCGCACAGCGAGUACACCUUCGCUGACGGCGUGUUCCGCCGCAGGAGGAAGCGCAUCGCCAAGAGGACCGCCAAGGAGCGGGAGAGCCCGGACAUCCUGAGCGAGGACACCCGCGUCCCCGUCGUGGAGGAGAGGGCGGGGACCAAGUUCUCCAGCUCCUUCGCCAUUGACAGCAUCCUCAGCACACCCUUCAAACGGAGGGAGGACAGCCCCGUCGAUGCUGAAAUCCACGCCCACCGGCUCUACUGGCCCCCAGGGGCCCACAUACCGCCUUACGGUGUGGGCUACCCCGCGCAGCGCGCGUACCUGUCAGAUGGUGUGUACGGCAGCACAGAGCCCAGCAGGGGUGCCCUCACGUACUUUCAGCAGACAGCACCGCGCAUGGCCGCAAGUCACGCCGCUCUCCACGCGCUCAAGAUGUCCAACAAGGCGCGUGGUUUCCAUAUAGACUUCUUGCUGUCAUAAAGCAUCUGGACUGUUGUCAGACUUGUAUGUUUUGACCCAUGAUGUGAACUCUUAUGGGCGCUCCUAGCUUUCAGUGAGCUGUUUAACUGUUUGGGACUCUGUGUAAGUUGCUGCCUUUGCAUCUGUGCGCCAGUGUGUGUGUGUGUGUGUGUGUGUGUGUGUGUGAGUGUGCGCGCGUGUGUAGAUGCGUGUACAUGAGUGCAUCUAUGGUUCAUUGGUCAUUUCCACUGUAUGACGGCAAUUAAACCCCAUGUUGAGACAUAUUACUAUUAAUCUAUUUAUAUUUUAAUGUUUUGUAUGACCUUCUGUAUAAAAUAGAAUUUUGCCGUGUUUAUAUAUGUCAGCAAAUGAUGUGCUACGUUGAGAAUCAUGUGGCUGCACUAGAAACGCAUGGAAAUACCUGUGGUUUUCUUUAGAGUGAUUCAUGCAUGCCUGGUAUUUUUGUGAAUAAAAACGAAAAACA